CAGCUUGCCAAGUUCUGAUGACGAAGUGACUUUUUGAAUAGGAUAUCUGAGGAGGAUAUUUUAGACACAUUUCCUUACUUCAUAAAAACUGGAUACAUUCCGCAUGCGACGUUCCUCGUUUUCACGCUUCGGCUCGGGGGGCAAGCAAGAGCCACUCAUUGUGGUCGAAGAAUCCCAAUUGGUGGAAGAGGAUGAUCGUGACAGCUCAGAGACCCCAUCGAACAAAGCCAGUUUGGAUAUUGAUUCGCCCGUAAAUCCGUAUUUGCUUUCACCAUGGCGUGACCCACGUGAAGGCCGUAAACAUUCACUGCCCUCACAGCAGGUCACCGAGGGCAUCACAGCAAGUCAAGUGCGCCGCCUGUCCGAGCGCGGCGGUGAAGGUUCUGGUCCCUCGCCCAAAGAGGCGGCCUUCCUCGCCACGCUCUCACAGGCGCCAGCACCAUCCGGACGACGUCAUUCCGUUGUAACAAUCUCCAAAGUGCCAACCACCUUAUUUGGUCGCUCACGCCGUGAAUCGGUUGCCGCAUAUCCCACCGGAAGCAGCCGUGUGCUGAACUCGCGCCGCGAAAGCAAAACCUCAACCGGUCCACCAUCCACAGAUCCCAUUGGCAGCAUUCACAAUCUACAAUUGGACAUAAUGGAUGACAUUGUGCAGUCGCGUAAGGCGCGCAUGAAACUCUGGAAUACCAGCAGCGAGAAGGUGUGCGAGGUACAAACUUUAGAUGAAGUUGGCAGUGGCACGCCGCAACGCUACACAAAUCGUCGCUACUCGGAAUGCGUGUCGGGUGGCACCUCACCAGCGCCGAAUAUGCGACGCGCCUCCGAACAUCCAGCCAUCAUCUCGCCAUGUAUCCUACAACCGGGCAGCAAUCGUUCGUCGGUAAAACGCAAGAAGAGCGGUGGCUUGUUGAGCACAUCAAUCUUUAGCGCGCUCACCUCGUCAGCCAUUGAGAUUAACAAAUGCGAGGAUGCAGUACCGACCGUAGUGUUGCCGCCUACCACUAGUGCCAGUGGCAGUGCCACCGGUGCCACCGCCAAAACUAAACCAGCCAAUAGCGGCCUGAUGCCAUCUGCCGCCGCUUCAGCAACCAGCAGCUCAGCAUCGAAUCUGCUCGAUCCCAAUGCUGGGCGUUCUACACGCUCCAACAGCUUCGAUGUUUCCAUACUCAAUAAUGCCAAGCAGUUGGUGAGCAACGCACAAGACAAUAGCUCUGCAGCGCUUUCCGGUUGGUUCGAGAAACGCCAUCAGCCCAUGGCGCGCAAGAAGAGCAUACGCAGCAAAAGCACCGCCAUGGCACUCUCCGAAGACAUGUUAAAACGCUUGCAGGCGAAAGAUGUUCUACGCGAAAGCAAGCCGAAAUUGGUGCCACGCAGCAAGCAGAAAAGUUGGACGGACACUACCAAGGGCACUAUUGUCGAUGCGACUGUAAUUGGUUCGGCAAUUGAGGGUUUUCUGCGCAAAGGCUCCACUUCGGGGCCAUCGGGCAGUUCGGGUAGUACACCGAAAAGUAGUAGCACAAAAUCGGGUGGUGGUCUCUUGUCGAAGGAAUCGGCUAAACGUGGCGGCCGCAGCGCGCAAAGUCAGGCAACAAAUGCAGUACGUUCGACGCUCAAUUGGUUUGGCAAGACGGAUGAGGACGAUUCGAAGGAUACCUGCGAAGCGUCCCUAUGCUCAACGUUGAAAGAUUUGUUCGUUAAAUAAUUGGCAGUGCGUCGGCUGUUCAAGUAAGUGGGCGUUAACGAUUGGUAAGUUUUUAAACUUAAGUGUGAUAUUUCGGAAAAGUGUGCAAUGUUUGAUGAUACCUAGCGGGAGAGAGUAAGAAAUAUGUAUUUAUAAGGAUUUUCUAACAAAAGUAUCUAUUUUAUUCUGAUUGAUUUUGUAUAAAAUAUAAACAGACAUUUAGAGUCUGAAGUACCUUCUGGUUCCUGUUUAUACAGAAAUACUACAUAACUACUUAAGUAUGUACAGAUUUAAAGUGCUUGCACAUAUCGAAUAUUCAAUCGCAAAACUAACAUUAAAAUAGUCUUUAGAACUUGUAAUUACUUAGAUCGACUAAGGUGGAUGGAAAAGAAAAACUAAGUUAAAUUAUUUGGCUAAGAGUUAUGUGUUAGUUACUAGAUAUGUGUUCCUUGUGAUAGAUAAUUAUGUAUAGAAACAUACAUACGUACUUAUAAAUAUUGAAUAUUCUAUUACACACAGUGGCGG